AUGUUAAAAUCAAUAACAAGGAGAAGAAAAAAAUAUAUUUUCUUGGAUUACUUGAUAAUUUUAUUUACGGCACUUUACUUAAGAAUCAGAAGUGUUGAUACUGGUUUUUACAGUUCUCUUCAACCUAAUUACUUAUAGUUGUUGACUAUUCUAUUUGCAUUGAUGUUUGCCAAUAUAGGCAGAGUACAAUGUAUCCUUAUAAGUGCAAUUCUGAAUAUAUUCAGUAUCUACUGGUUGAGCACCUCAACUUAUAUAGUUUUAGUGUCAAGCAUUUAUAAAUUUACAUAUGACAGUUUGAUUCUAUUAGUGUUUUGUCAUAGUUUGAAUGUAUUUAGAGAUAAAGGAAUCCAAGUCUUGACCUAUUGCUAUGCUUUUGGGAAUUACCUCGAAAUAGUUCAGAUAUUCUUUAAUUUAAACUAUUUCAAGUUUCUCCUGUUCAUACUGAUUGUCUCUCUGUCUUUGCUACGUUAAAGAUGCAGGUAAUUGCCAUAGUCUAAUUAUUUUAUUGUAAUAAAGUAUCUGUGCACCACUCGGAUUGCAAUAAUACAAUCAAUUAUCCUACUCCACGUCCUUUUAACAGUAAUCAACUUACAUACUUUUGUCAAUGUGGUCACAUCCUCUUCCGUAAGAUAUGUAGUCCUAUUGAUAUACCCUUUGUUUCUCUUGGCAAUAGAUCCGAAAUUCAGAAAUAUUAGUCAAAUAAUUUUAGCACUCAAUGUUAUUUUGAGUUUGCUUUUAUUGUUCGAUCAUCAGGUGAUAUUUUUCAUGGCUUCCCUGCUUAUCCCUCAUAUAUUUGUUUUUUAAUUGGCUCUUUUUAUUUUUAUAUUUUCAGAAAUUAAUCCAAAAAUAUCCAAGGAACACAAAUACCUGAACUAUGAUGCAAUGAUUUUAAUCUAUUACAUCAUCUUAAAGAACUCUUAUGCUCAUUACGAUUCAUAUGUGUAAUACAAAGGUAUCAUUUACUUUAUGUCAAUCAUUAUUGCAAUAUUUAUAAUUAUCAAGAGCAAGAGAUUUUAAAAAUCCUUUGCAAUUAAACAGAAUUAUUAAAAUAAUUCUUAUGACUAAUUUGAAAGCGCAAAAAAUGAUGAUACUGUAUUUUGA